ACAGCCACUUCUAUAUAAUUACUUAAAGAUAGCAAGACAAACAAUAAAGGAAAAAGAAAACGACGUAAGUCUCAACUCUUACUAUACAAAUAACAAAUGUACAUUACUCAUGGAAUCCUUCACCUCAUCACCUCAACACCUUGCAAAUGCUGUGCAACACGUACACGUGAAGGGACCUCUCCAAUCUCCAACCCCCUCUUCUAUAUAGUAUACAUAUGCAUGCAUAUCCUUAUUAUUAUUACAUACAUAUAUAUGAUUGUAUAACUUAUAUAUUAGUCUCUUUGAUUGAAUUUGUCUCAAAAACUAUAGAAGACAAGAAGAUGAACGGCAGAGAUGAAUGGAAAUACAUGAUCAUACGGCCAGAAAAAGCUGGAGUUGGGGAUUUAUGGAGGUUUUGGAGAAAAGGAGAUAUAGAAAGUGGUUCCAAAUUUAUUAAGAGUAAUUAUGAAGAAGAUUAUUAUGGGAUAUUAGAUAUAGAAAAGUGGAGUUUAAUGUUUGAAGGGAAGGAUAAUAGAUGGGUAAUUGUGGUUUCAGUCAUUGCAAGAAAGUUGAUUAAAGGUGUUGCAAAACCUAUGGAAUUCAUUGGUUAUUUUGUGGAUUUUUUGCUUAAUCUUCUUGCGCUUAAUGGCAACCUCUUUGGCCUUUUCAUCAACUUUCUACGAGGAAAGGUGGUGAUACCACAAAGAGACACAAUAACGUUCAUAAGCUCAAUCGGACAUUUGGACGGCCGUAUCGACUUGUCUAAGACUGAUAAUCUUGGAGUAGGAUCAAUUGAUUCCGGCAUAGAGAUCGAAAACAACAGGUCUCUUAUGGAUCUUUGCAUAAUGGCUUCCAAAUUAGCAUAUGAAAAUGCUAGAGUGGUCGAAGAGAUUGUGGUUAAUCAUUGGAAGAUGCAUUUUGUCGGAUUCUACAAUGGUUGGAAUGAUUACCAGCAGGAGAUGUCCACCCAAGUGUUCAUCCUCUGUGACAAACCUGUAAAUGCUGAUUGUAUACUAAUCAGCUUCAGAGGUACUGAACCUUACGAUGCAGAUGAUUGGAGUACAGAUUUCGACUACUCAUGGUACGAGAUCCCGGAACUAGGAAAACUUCACAUGGGAUUCUUAGAAGCCUUAGGUUUAGGAAACCGAGCUGAUACCCAAACUUUUCGGCAUAAUCUCCAACAGAAGAACAUCAGAGUUGCUUCUGCCCCAGAAAUGGCAGAACUAACAGCCUACAUUGAGGUGAAAACCAAGCUUAAGGACUUGUUGGAAGAGCAUAAGAAUGCCAAAUUUGUUGUUACAGGACAUAGCCUGGGUGGGGCACUUGCAAUCUUGUUCCCGACUGUGUUGAUCUUGCACGAGGAGAGUGAAAUGAUCAAGAGAUUGCUGGGUGUGUACACUUUUGGACAGCCAAGAAUCGGAGAUGCGAAACUAGGGAGGUUCAUUGAAGAGCAACUUAAUAAGCCUGAGCUUAGGUACUUUAGGGUUGUUUAUUGCAAUGAUGUUGUGCCCAGGCUACCUUAUGAUGAUAAAACUUUCUUGUAUAAGCAUUUUGGGAUUUGCCUUUACUACAACAGCUUUUACACUCAGCAGAAAGUGGAAGAAGAGCCGAACAAAAACUUUUACGGGAUUAGAUACUUGAUUCCAGCACACGUAAACGCUGCAUGGGAGUUGAUCAGGGCGUUAAUGAUGGGUUAUCUGUAUGGUGUGGAUUAUCAAGAGGACUGGUAUUCCAUUUUUGUGAGGGUAGUAGGACUAGUGCUCCCAGGUAUAUCUGCUCAUAGCCCGCGGGAUUAUGUCAAUUCAGUGAGGCUAGGAAGAGAAUACGCGGUUCAGAUGUCCUCUUUUGAUUGAGCCUCUAGCAAUAGCUCAAAUGAUCAGUAAAUGGAUAUUGUACAUUUACCUUAUCUAAGUUAAGUUGUGCUUGAACUUUUUCUUUGUAUAUUGAUCUUUAAGUGCAGAGAAAAUAGAGCAUCAAAUGUGCUUCUGUGAA